AUGUCGCGACCGAGCGGCAGCAGCAGCAGCAGAGUGGGCCACUCUAGCUUCCUCUCGCUCAAGGCCGACCUCGAAUCGCUCAAACACGAUCGCCCCUCGUCGUCCUCAUCGCCGUCGUCGUCGCUGCUGGGAAAACGCAAGACGGCAUCGACGUCCAGGCUCUCGUCUACCUUCCUCGAUACCGCACCGACCUCUACAAGGACCCGCAAAAGGGGGAAUGGCGGCGAGGGAGGCGCAAAGACGCGGGCGACGUCGGCGUGGUCCCACACGCCCUCGGCGCAGCUCGACGAGAUCCGCACCAACCUCGAGCGAAAGGCGAGGAUCUACGACCGGCUGUCGCGCGGCCUGCAUGCCGGGAUCGACGACGAGGAGCUGAAGGAGAGCGUGGUGGAUUGGGACGCCAAGAUCGCCGCCGCAGCCGCCGUGGACGAGGAGGAAGAUGGGGGCCGUCGCUCGCCCUCUGCAUCGUCGAGUAGCAGUCGGGAUCAAGAGAACGACUACGACGACGCAGAGGGCGACGAGGAGAUCGAGUACGUCGACGACCUGGGCCGGACCAGGCGGGCGAGGAAGCGCGACAUCCCACGCGAGUUCCUCCCCGUCUCGCUCGGCGGACGGCUCGAGGAAGAUGCGCUGGGGCCGGGGGCACACGGCGGCGGCGGCGACGACGAGGACACGACGGCCAUCUACGGGCCCUCGACGUCGUUCCCAGUCUACCGACCCCCUUCGCCCGUCAUGGCCGCACGGCGGUCCAAGCUCGAGGCGACGGCGCACCAGGAGCGCCACUUUGACGCCGACUGGGAGGUGCGGCAGCGCGGUGCGGCCUUUUACCGCUUCGCAAAGGACGGAGACGAGAGGAGGCGGCAGAUGCAGCGCCUGCAGGACGAACGGGACACGACCGAGGCCAAGAGGCGCGGCGGCGGUGGCGCAGACGACACCACGGCGUCGGCGCAAGCAAGAGUCGAGGCGGUGCGGAGGAGCGUGCUCGGCGACGAGGCGUACGAGGCGCGCAGGCGGACCAUCGAGGACGAGAGGCUACUGGGCCUCUUGCCGGCGUCGGCGUCGGCGUCGGCGUCGGCCUCGGUGCAGUGA